GUUUCAAACCAAACACCAAGACAGCCAACCCUGAGGCUCGGGGGAAAGGACCCAAGUCCCGCCCUCCUCGAGUCACGUGUCUUCCCCGGGAAGGGAAAGGCCCAGGAAGCGGGAGCAGGAGGAAGUUAAGGGGCUUGGGGUUAGGGACCAUCCACAGCUUGCUAGACUGUGAUAAGUGAGGCUUUGAGGUUUUAGAGGUUGAGGAGAGGAAUCAUAUGAUCCGCUGCGCAUUAACAAUCCUUCAUUUCGGCUGCAGAGAGAACAGAUUUCCAGGGUGACAAGAUCUGAAGCCAGGAAACCAGAGAGGAGGCUGUUGCGGGAGGCCAGAAGGACCGGCGAGAUAGCAGUUGAAAGAGAAAUUUAUUGGCAGAGGUGACAUGAUGUCCAUCUUGCGAAGCCCCCAGGCUCUCCAGCUUACCCUCGCCCUGAUCAAGCCGGAUGCUGUUGCCCACCCACUUAUUCUGGAGGCUGUUCACCAGCAGAUCCUGAGCAACAAGUUCCUCAUCGUGCGCACUCGAGAGCUGCUGUGGAGGAAGGAGGACUGCCGGAGGUUCUACCGGGAGCACGAGGGGCGUUUUUUCUACCAGCGCCUGGUGGAGUUCAUGGCCAGCGGGCCCAUCCGAGCCUACAUUCUCGCCCACAAGGACGCCAUCGGGCUCUGGAGGACGCUAAUGGGACCCACCAGGGUGUUCCGAGCCCGCCACACGGCCCCAGACUCCAUCCGAGGGAGUUUUGGGCUCACUGACACCCGCAACACCACCCACGGCUCAGGAGCAGGAAGCCUGGGCUGGUGGCGAAGCUGCCAGGCACCACCAGCUGCCAGAGGGUCUGGCUCGUCGCGGCUCACCCUCCGGGACCUGGCUCUUCAUCUACCUCUUCUCUGGAACACUUGUGGUGCCUAAGAAGGAGGAUUUUUCUCUUGCUGAGAGCCACUCCUUCCUCGAGGUCUUGCCUGGGAUACACAGCACCUCCAGAAGCUCUGCCUGGCUGUCUUCCUUAAUGAAGUCAGCGUGGGCUGGGCAUAGUGGUCCACGCCUGUCAUCUUAGCACCCGGGAGGCUGAGGCAGGAGGAUCACCAAGAGUUUGAGGCCAGCCUGAACUACAUAUCGAGACCCUGUCUCACCCCUCCAAAAGCAAGAAAAUGUGUUGCUUAAAACAAUAGUGGUUUUUUUCCUCCAUGUCUGUGGGGUGGUGGGCGAUUCUGCUGAUACUUCUGCACACACUCGUGUGACUGUGUCCACCAGGGUCUCCUGGCCUUUUAUCCUGAGCUAAGCGAUAACACUGUCGUGUUAGGGCUCCAGGAGGGUGGAGCCCAUUCAAGAGUAUGACACUUGGGUCACUGAUGUUUCCUUGUCCAAAGCAGGUCAGACACCUUCUGCCCGGCUCUGAAGGCGUCCGCUGGGCACGCGGGCUCCCAUCCAUGGUGCUGCGGAAGGUGCCGCUUCCCAUCAGGCCCCUCUCCUGGGUGCCUUGGUCAUCAGUCUCUGCCACCUCCCUUUCUUCUCUGGAAAGCUCCUCUCCUCAGAAGCAAAUCCAUGUGGUGCCUGUCUUUGGACACAUUCGGCCUCCUCCUCUCAGCUGAGUCUCAGGUCCUCCUCUCAGCAUAGCCAGGCCGCACCGGUGCCUCCCUGAUGGGCUCACCCCACUUCCUCACCAUGUCUUCAGUCCAGGUUCAGCACCCAGGAGUGAGCCAGGUGUGGUGGCCCACACCUGUAAUCCCAGCAUUCGGGAGGCAGAGCCAGGGGACCCCAAGUUCAAGGCUAGCCUGAGCAAUAUAGUGAGACCCUGUCUCCAAAAAAAACUUCCACAACUGAAAUCCAGAACUAAAUUGAGUUCCAGCUCUAAUUUCCAAGAGCCAGUUCCAAGGUCAUGUAUGAUCCAUUAUGUGUCCCAGAACAAGGUUCGGUUCUGAAGUCCUCCGUGCUAAGGUCCAGGGCCUAAGUGGGAGGAGAAGGCCCGGGUCUGUGGCCCAGGGGCGCCCCUCGGAGGGCUGAGGGCGGGCUCUGACAUCAGGCCCAGGUCUGAACCAGUGACUGCCGGCGUGGUGCAUAGAUUGAGCUGCUGGUCCACAGCCCAGCGUGCGGCAGUGACCGGAAGCUACUGCUUCACAUCCAUGGGUGGGGUUGUGCUGCCCCCCAAAUCCAUGUAUCAAAGUCCUAACCCCAAGUGCAGCCGAAUGCGACCUUCCUUGGAAACGGUGACUGCAGAUGCACUUAGGGUGAGGUCACCCUGGGGAGUGAGCCCUGCUACAGCGCGACUGACAUCCUCAAAGGGGAAGCAGAUCGGAAGGAUGCCCUCAGCGGGAAGACGUGGGGUGGUGCCCCCCCACCAGAGAAGGCCCAGCUGCCGGAAGGCGGUCUGGGUCUAGAAUGUCCCCUAAGGGUCCCCAUAUUACAGUCCUGGUCCCCGCUGGUGCUACUGGGACAUGGCGGGGCCCAGUGGAAGGUCUUCACGUCACGGGGGGGUGCGCUUGAAGGGGACAGUGAGAGCCCAGGCUCCUUUCUCUCCUUUCCUCUCCCCGGCCGUGAAGCGAGCAGAUCUGCUCUCCUGUGAUGGGUUCUCACCACAGCCCAGAGGAUUGAGGCUGCCAGUUGUGAACUGAAGCGUCCAACCGGGAGCCAAAAUGAACCUUUCCUCUUUGUACGCUGACUCUCAGCUGUACGUUAUAGUAACAGUAAGCUGACUGACACUGUGAGACAUUAACUUUUUUUUAAAGGAAAACAUUUAUUGGCGGGCUAGGGAUUUACCUCAGUG